CACCCGAUGCUGGCAACCCGAACGUCUCAGGCCCGCAACGCUGUGACCAAGAGCGAUCUCGAGCUGUUUUUUAGCUCGUUGAUCAAGGCUGUGGUCGAGAAUCGUUUGGACGCGUCUCGCGUGUUCAACAUGGACGAAACAGCGUUUCAGACCAACAAGGGCUCCAAGCGUGUCGUGGCGGUUCGAGGCUCCAAGAACGUUUGGCACCAAGACGUUGCGCUCAAUUUUCACCUCACGCUGGUCGCGUGUCAAUCGCCCGCGCUUCGAUUCGACACCCACCACACCACUCCCUAG